CCGCCAAUGACCACAGAAGAAGAAGAAGAAGAAGAAGAAGAAGAGGCGCGCUCAGUGUCUGAAUUUGAAUCACACAGUGAAGCUGCACGCAUCCAGUGGCACCACAAUGGCUCAAGGUCAUAAGUUUCAGGACCUGGAGGAGACGGGGAAAGUGUUGGUGGACUUCAUCAACAGCAGCCAGCCGAAGAUACUGAGACGAGUGAGAGAUGAACACCAGGCUCUUUUUGAUCAACACGUAGAAACAAAAAAGAUUGUGACACAGAUUUUAAAAGAUGUGGCUCAGAUUGAGGAGAGUGCAGGUCAAAGGCUGCUGGACAUGGAGGAGGAGAAGAAGCAAAGGGAGCAGGAGCUUGAGAGCCUGGAGGAGCAGCUGAGGCAGUGCACAGCCAAGAGCCAGAUGACUGACUCAGAACUACAAUUUCUGCAGAGAGAGUUGGAGAAUCUGAGAAACACCGAACACGAGCUGGAGACUCUUCAGAACGAGGUGGAAGAAGACACAACUGAGGUCAUCCCCUCAGCAGUAUACGUGGCUCAGCUGUACUACGUAAUUUCCAAGAUCAAGUGGGAAUACGACACACAGCCCAACAUCUUAAGAGGAGUGCACUACGGUGCCGACCUGGCGACGCCCAUCAACAUCGACACCUCGCUGCGUUCUCGUAAUGAUGUAAGCGACCAGCUGUGGGGCUUUGUCAGCACUGAGUGGUAGAUGGAGGGCGGUGGUGGUGUCAGAAAUGUGUACAUUGUUUUUGUUUGUCUUUAUAUUUGUUUGACUUCUUCUUUUCUUUACAACAUUUACACUGUUUUAUGAUUAAAUAUGUCAGACCUUAUUCUUUUCGUAGUUCUGUAUUUAUAUCUCAGCAACACAGACUCAUCUGCAGAGCGGCCACUAGACGGCGCUGCAGAGCUGUUUUUAAUAUGCCCACAUGGUUUCCUUUUAAUCACACAAACUCAUGAGACAUUGCAAAGAGAUGAGCUGUUUUUAAAAGCAGAGUUUUUGUUAUAGUUUCAUAUUUUGGUUACAAGAUGAGCAGAAUCCGUUAGCUGAUGAAAACUGUGAGACACUGUCGAAAGCUUUAGAAGAGGCCUGUAUGCGUGUGGAUUAGUCAGACUAGUUUCACUAUAGUUUAGGCCCGUGGUUCCCAACUUUGUUUUGUCAGAUGAACCUCCACCCAAGAUCAUGAAAGUCCUGGAAAUGUUAUGAUAAUAGAAAAUCUGGAAACGGUUUGGAAUUGACAGAAUGUUUUAGAAAAGUCUUAAAUAUACAUUUGCUUUGGCUGUUGUUCAAAAAACGUUCAUGAAAAUCCCAAAACAUGUUGAAUGUUAUGCAGAAUAUGUUCCUAGUGUCACUGAUUUACAAUCUAGUGCUGCACCGUGACUGUUGAAACAUCUCCAGUAUCACAUGAUGUUCACAGUCUGGACCAGUGUUGUGUCAUUGCCAAGGUCACGCCGCCUUUUGGGGGAAAGAGAAAAAUGUCACAUAGAACGUUAACCUAACUUUCUACUCUGAGAUUUGAGACACUUAAGACACUUGAAUAUUUACUGUCAGUGUGGUGAAUAUGUAAAUGAUGCUGGUGACAGUUUCUACUCAUGGGUAGCUAACGUUAGCUUGAGUGGGAGGCUCAUACCACAGAGCUUAGUCUCAGCCACGAUGAAACAGUUGGCUGUUAACAGGUUACUUCACUAUAUAAACUAUACAAGAAAUAUCUGCCCACUGUGUUUGGUCAGGUCUGUCUGUGGUGAAAUUCAACACGUUAUUCUGUUUAUUCUAUUCUACAUAAUAUGGUCUUAAUUUUAACAUUUAAAAAUCUAUUUGUGUAAAGAUAAUAUGGACGGGGAGGACUGGUGGUGGCUUUGUACACAGCUGAAUGCUUCCAAUAAUAAGAUGGGUUUUGAACAAGCUGCUCUCUACCAGUGGUUCUCCUCAGUCAUUAGCUCAAGGUCCACACAAUUUAAUAUAUUCAGUUCAGAACCAGUUAGCUGUCUCUGUCAAGUAGCUGUCCAUUCGUCACUCACUCUACAGCAGGAAAUGGCACUUCAAAAUAAAAAGCUCUGUACUGGAAAUUUGCUUCACUUGAGAAAUACAGUGUGUUUUUUACAAUGUUGACAUGUUUGCGAGUCACUUGCGGUCCAUUCAGAAUGAGCCCAUAACCAAACAGUUGGGAACCACUGCUCUAUACGUAUCGGUUUCACUUUACGGUUACUGGUAUGCUUCGUUUUUACACCAGUGGUUCUCAGACUGUUUUCAAUAAUGUACUGUCUUUGAUACUUUUGAUAGAAACACAGUGAACAAUGUGACUGUUUGUUGCAGCAGUUAACGAUUGCACUGAAAAUAGGAAUAUUGAAUAUAAAAUAUGCUUUACUGAACUUAGAUUUACAUUUUUUAAUUAAACUCAUUUUAGGAAUUAUACAUGACUGAUAUUUUUGAAAUAAAAAAUAAAACCUCACAUACCCUCUGCAGUACUCCACAGUAUCUCUAGGGGUACUCAUACCCUCAUUUAAGAAACUUUAACUGUGUUUCAAUCAUUUGUUCAUUACUUUUACAGCACUGUUUCAACUUCUCCACCUGCUUGCUAACUAGUUUGUACUGCCAGUUUCCACAUGUGGCGUCAGCUGGCUCAGAUUGACGAGCAGCUCUAUGGUUAAUGUAAAUUAUUACACUUUAGAUCCUGCACCACACUGAUUUGUGUUUCAAAUCAAACUUUAUUUAUAUAGCACCUUUCAUACACUUGUGCAGCCCAAAGUGCUUCACAGAGCAGCAGUAAAACAGCACAGAAAAAAUAACGAGUGAUAUUACAAAGAUAAAUGAUAAAAUAUUUAAAAUAAAUAACAUUUAAAUGAAUAAAUAAACACAAAAAUGGCUGUAGUUUAUUUUCCCUCCUAGCACAAACGUGGAUAGUUAUAUAGUAGUACAGGACAUUUUAUUGUUUUGAAAAAUAAUAUUCAUUUAUUUUAUUUAUAAGGACAACACCCAUUAAUCAACAUGUCUGUAAAUGUGCCAGUGUUAGCCAGCUGGCUGAUUUUCAACUGCAGUCAUUUGGCAAGAUGUUCUGAACCAAUGAAAGGAUAAAAUUCACAGGUCAUGCAGAGCAGCAGUAGAAAGCAGCAUUAUUGAUAACAGGUUAACACUUAGAUUUUGUUUGGCAUUAUUCAAAGUAUGCUCCAAACAUCCCCCCAGCCCUCUCAACAUACUGAUGAAUAAAAAAAAAUUAAAGAAAAAGAAUCUUUCAGCUCACUACGAAAGGCAGCCACGCAACACCGUCCAAGAUAAUCAUGAGCAAAUGUAAUAUAUCAUAUAACAAUAAAUAAACUCAACAAAUUGCUGUUAAUAUCAUAACUACGGGUUCUAGUAUUUCGCUGUGCUGCAGUUCUGUGUGUGGUUUGUGUCAGAGGUGUUAGGGAAACACAGCAGAGGCUGCUGCUCGACUGUGUGGGUCUGAUCAAAUGCUGCGCUGUCUCUGCUUCAUUACAGAUAGAUAGAUAUAUAGAUAGAUAGAUAGAUAGACUUUAUUGCACAAGAGCAGUAAAAACAUGCUGAUACACACAUCACACUAGAAAGUGAAAAUAGUGGAAACUAUAGUGUGAUAUGAGUGUUGCGUAGGCCUCAUCACUGUGGAUUGAGCUCCUUUCACACUGCCUGUUCAAGCAGGGAAUAUCUCACCAUUAUGUCGCCUCACUGUGCAGUAUGUAAGGUACG